CCUCCCUAGCUGUCGAGCCAUUUUGGCUUCAUGCGCCAUUCAACAACUUUCGUAAAAUUGAACGGAGCCCGCCUACAAACCCUGCUUCGAGUACUCUUCAUACAUCUGUGGACAUAGCAAGAAGUUAACAACAGUUGAAAAUGCCCUCUUGUGUUGCCUUCAACUGCAAGAAGCGAACAGCUGAGAAAGGAGCCACGGUUUCUCUUUUCCGAUUUCCUCACCAUGAUAAGGCAAGGAUGCUUAGCUGGGUCCACAACAUAAACCGCAAGAAUUGGAUGCCGUCCCCAGACUCACGCUUAUGCGCUCUACACUUCACCGAGGAAUGUUUUCACCCUUCCUGUGGGAGAAGCCUGCUGAACUCAAAUGCUGUCCCAACUAUUUUUGCCUACCCCGGUGUCAAUACAUCAUUCAAGAAACCUGCAGUUAGUCACACAUCAUCCAAAACACAAGCGGUAAGUAUGCACACAGAGAUAACUGACACUGUGAACUUUGAUCACCCGUACUGCUGCAAGCCUGUGAGUAGUCCUACCCCCCCUGGCGAAGUCGCUCCAUCUACAGACGUAACCAAUGUUGUGGAACAAAUGAACUGCACCACCACUGUGACCACAAAUCAGAACAGUGUUAGUGUCACAGAAGUAUCAGAUGGUCAUGGGUCCACAGCCCCUCUUCAAAACGUGACAGUUGAAGGACAAACGCCAUUUGGGAAUAUCCUUUCGGAAACUGCUAAAUCUCCAGAUGCACAAAUAACAAUUCGAAAAUUACAAAUGAAAGUUCAUAACAUGGGAAGGAAAUUGGUCAUCAGCCGCAAACGUCUGAAAGUUGAAAAACAGAAGAGCAGACGAUUAAAUACGAGGAUUUCUUCUUGUUCUGCCGUGAUCCAAGAGCUAAACCAGAAACUUGGACAAAUGAAAGAAGAGGUGUUGGUAAUGGCUAAAAACAAUUCCAAAAGCAAUCCCAAAAGUAAGCCUAAAAGCAAGCCUAAAGGCAAUCCUCAAAGUGAUCUUCAAAGCGAACCUCGAAGCAAGCCCAAAAGCGAUCCUCAAAGCAAGCCAAAAAGCAAGCCUAAAAGCAAGGUACCAGGAAACGACUUACAUUGAUAUAUCUUUUUGGUAGGCCUUUCUUUUAGGCUGUGAAAUAUGUAAAAUGGCUCCUUUCCCCGUCCAUAGCAGUACACCACUUGGCUUCCUGCUGGUACUCCUUUCUGUGUCUCCAAACUAUGGGCUUUAACCCGGCAAGAAAAACAAAACCAGGAUCAGAGAAAUUAACUAAAUCAAAAUGUGAUGUGUCCAAGCCUUUGCCCUGCUUGUUAGCCUGGUUGCUACUAGCUGCAACUGAACCAACUUUAGGGAAAGGUUAGUUGUGAACUAAAAACAGCAAAAGUCAAUCUGUCAAUCUUUUUAAAAAAAAACUUCAUGAAUUCGACCUCUGCCUAAUCCUAUUGGUCAACAUUUGUCCUUUUCGGCUCCUCAGAUUAUCUUAAGGGUCUCGCAUACUUUGAACCAGUGUAACAGAUUACAUUUCAGCCCAAAGUCUAGUUUGUACGAUUCAGAUGUAAAAAACAAAUGUACCAACAAAUGAAAGUGGACAGCUAUUUAACAAGAGUAGCAGUCUGCGAGUACAGUUGUAUUGACAUUGUUUCCAACUAAAACUACAGUAGGCAUGAUGUGGUCGAUCUCUUUGUAUAGGCUUGGGAUUUUGCAUUGGCCUCUAUUUCCUAGCCUGAAAUGGAGGCAAAACUGUUUUUGCGUUUGUGUGUUCUUUGUGUUGCUGUGUCAUUAUUUCUUAGAUAAAGAGGGCCAUAUCAAGUGCAUCGGACCUUGUGGUAUGCAUACCUAGACAGGAUCCAUUCCACAAGGUGCAGAAGACUUUAACAUGGUGGUGCAAAAAAGUAGUUGGUGAUCUCAUGCCUAGGAACGACUAAGUAAAGGAAUAACUUGAGUGCAAAAAUGACUUUGAUUCCACCUCAGACUGAUCAGAUCCUGAACUCUCAACCAGAACGAAAUAUUUAUGGCUUUACUGUUCUGCCAAGCAAAUCAUUUUGUUGACGCUACUCUGCUGUCUGCGCAUAUUUUAUUCAUUAUAUGCAGACAUUUGCUGGGAAAUGUAACACAGCUUCAUUAUAGAAUUUAUGACUUAGAAAUAGAAAUUGCUUUACAUCUUUAGACAUUCAAGACUCAUUGUUAGAAUCAUUCGGUUUGCACAACAUUCUGACCCAACCUCUGUAUGCAACAUUUUGGAAUAACAGUUGUUCUGACAUCUCCAAAAUGUAUGUUACUUCUCCAUCAUCCAUUUGUGAAUGUUUUUGAUGAUAAGCUGUAUCUGAUUUAGUCCAAGUCAAUAUCCAAGGUGUUGUGUAAUUAUAUAGUGAGUAUGUAAGAUCCACAAAGAUUCGCCAAAAUUCUGGAUACAUGAUGAUGCUUGCUUUACUGCAGUACAGUUACAAAUUAGUUCCCGGUAGUAAAUUGGGGCUCGAGACGAACAUCAUCCUGUUGUAGAUAGAAAUUCACAAACCUCGUGAACAACAAAUCUUUGUUGAAAUUGGCAGAAGACUUAGUUAACCUUAGCUGUUUGCAGCAAGUGGGGUGUGGCGCCAUAGAGUUGCUCUAUGGUCAUUUCAUGCUCUAUUCAGUCAAAUGAAAAUUGGGCAAAGAUCAGUUAUAACCAGGUUAUAACAUUAUCAUGGUGAGUUCAAAUGUGGUCUUCUACAAAUAUUUUGUUUACAGUUUUAAUGAGUGAAAUUCACCAGCUUAAUGCUUCAACCACACACUACUGACACAGCAUAGGAAAACACAUUAAAGCCGGUACAUACUUUCCGCAUCUGCUGCAGUCACACAAGUGCAUGUGGUUUCACUAUGGAGUACAAUUGAGGGUUUGCGUCCGCAGGGCAUUCAGGCGUAUUGCUUUGUUUUGCUUUGAGUUCAACGCUUUUUGGAUCACUUUGAAUGCCUUUUAAGACUAAUUAUGUUCAUGUUGAUUGCAGCCUUAACACAACUUCUCUUUAGUACAAUCACUCCGUUGGUUCACUUCUUAAGCUAGACUGGAGUGUGUAACAAAACAGGACCAUAAGCUCUUUGUAUGCGUAAAGUACGCUCAGUCACACAUUCUUGCUGCAAUCGGACGGUCCAGUGCACAAGCCAAAUGACCUAUUUGGUCACAAGGGCCUUAGCAUACCCUCAAAGACACGCAGACACGAAAAGUAUGAAUUGGCCUUUACUAUAGCCAAAUGAGUAAUAACUUGUUAUGCUCAUCUGAUGUAACCAGUGGUAAAGCAAAAUCAGCAAGCUAGCUUACUAGCACUCUUUCUGCUAGUUAGCUUUUACAAAGGUUAGAGAUUUUACUCCAAUGACAACAUAAAACAGUUCAACAUAAAUUGUAUUCCCAUUUGAUUUGACACACUAGUUGCAAUAACUCUAUUAAUAGGGCAUUGGGGAUCUUCUAUAGUGCUACAGGACUCAUGCUUAAAACCUGGAAAUGUGUUAUCUUUAGCUCUCACUCAUCUUAAAGUCAAUGGCAUUGUUGAAUUUGUAAAGAUUGGUGGAUGUUUGGUUAUGUUGCUCAUAUUUCUAACUUCAACUAUACAACUCAAAAACAUAUUUUGGUAGCAACUGAUAUGUAUGACCACAUCCCCCUGUUUAUGGCCACGUUUUCAUCAAAGGACCCAAAGAAAACCUGUACUUUCUCUGCAAAAUCAAAUAUACAGCAUUUUUAAUGCUAAGCUUCCAUGUUUGAUAAAUGGAAUGUUUUGGUUCGACAUGUUGAUUUUAUAUCAAGAAUGAAACUUAUGCUGAGGUUUGUUCGGCUGCAAUGUAUAUCUAUAUAAAUACCUUUUUUGUUAAAAUAAGGAUAUUAUCAUCUAUUUUGUAUGAAUGUUUGAUUCAUUUUUGGUUCAGGUUUUGUUCAGUGGUUUAUAUCAAGUUCGGUACUGUUCUGCAGCUGAGCCCUACUUUCAAAUAUGUAAGAGAAUAAAAAAUGUGAAGUAAGCGAUAUAAACUGUAAUUCUAUUAAAGUAAAAAAGAAAUGAAAUCAAACAGUUUUACAGAUGGGAGUGGGCAGCAGUUCACAACAGUGAAAACAUACCCCUGGACAGGUGUCUAAAAUAACUUUUUAAGCAACCCACAGAUGGCUCUCUUCCUCCUCUGCUCGUCCUGCUUGUGCUGCAUGUCCUCUUCUGCCUCUGGUUGCUCAGGGCGACACAAAGGGAUUUUGGUUUCCCGGACUGCUUCACCACUGAGCCACCUGGAAGGACGCCUCCAGCUCUGAUGCACGCUGUACUGUAGGUCUGCAACAAGAAACUCCUGAAACAUGUAGACUUUGAGAAAAGACACUCCUCAUCCAACGAGUCCUGGAAAAGCUGCCACAACAACCCCUACCUGAGCCUAAAAGGGUCUGAAUUGAUCCAGCGCCGUGCUGAGAGAGACAUGGAGAAUAUCUCUUUGAGCCCCAUGGGAGCUGUCGAGGUCCCUGAGAGAGCCUGCUGCCACUCCCGCCAGCGAAACUCCUCUGUCUCUCACAACUGUUCUGUUUUCACCAUUUUAUGUCAGAUGCUAGACAUUUUCCAAACUUACAAAGUGUUAACUAACACGUUUCAGACCAAAAUGUCCAACUUGAAAAAUUCAUAAUUAAUAUUUGAAUUUCUUUACCACAUUUCUUUGGUGCUUUUUUAACUCAACUGCAGAACAGUGCAUUGGCCAAUUAAAUUGACCAAACAAUGAUAUCAGUCAAUUAUUUCACCUGUUUACACAAUCUGAGCUUUCAAUCAUCUUCCAUUAGUUCAUCAUUUUCGUUCUGUUUUGACAUUGAGUUUGGAAGUUAGAAGUGGAA